UUUAUUUUUGGUCGCGUCCGCGGACAGUGCGGACAGUUUGUGGACGUUUGUGCCGCACGCAUUCCCGGAGGAGGUUAAGCGCGUUGACCAACGGGAAGUGAGUUACGCGAUACUUUCAGCAGAGUGUGCAGUGUGCAUCGCAAACACGUGGAUCGUGCGCUGGAAGUGAAACAAUAGUACACAAUCGAAACCGGUAGUUUGACCGUGAACCUCCCCAACAAACCGACACAUUGCGUGUAUGUGUGCGUGCGCGUUGUUUGCCUCUGUUGCUCCUUCGCUGGUGGUGAAAAGGUGAAGCGCGUGUUCGAAGCCCCUUAGCGGUGGUCUCAAGUAGAAAGAAUACCUUCGCAACAUAAACCAGAGAGCGCUGCAUCAACCAUUUGAGCAAAUGUGGAACAAAACGUUUUGGUUUUUCGUUGCGGUACGCGUUGCGUCAGUAUUUCUCGUUGCGAGCUGGUUCGUCCCCGAUGAGUACUGGCAGAGUCUCGAGGUGGCCCAUCAUCUCGCUUUUGGCUAUGGCCACAUGACCUGGGAAUGGACGGCAGGCAUUAGAAGUUACGUGUAUCCGGCAGUAUUUGCCGGAUUGUACAAACUGUUGGCCCUGCUUGGAUUAGACUCAGUGGAAUUGCUAACACUGUUGCCUCGCCUAUCGCAAGCAUGUCUCAGCGCGUACGCGGACUACCGAUUCCAUGUGUGGUGCAAUCGCACCAAAUGGUCCACGUUUUUGCUCGCUUCCUCCUGGUGCUGGUUCUAUGUAGGAUCGCGCACGCUGGCCAACACGCUGGAAACCUCCCUGGCCAUGAUUGCGCUCAGCUAUUUCCCUUGGCGCUCGGAAUGUACGCGGUUCUUGUGGCCGGUGGCAUUAUCGUGCUAUCUGCGACCGACUUCGGUCCUCCCGUGGGUACCGUUGUGUUUGUAUCACAUCAAAAAGUCUUCCCAUCCGACUUGGGAGCUGCUGCUGAAGCGGUAUCUGCUGAUUGGCCUGGUGACGGGUGCGCUUUGCGUGAGCGUGGAUAGUUACUUCCACGGGACGGUCGUCUUCACGUUCUACGAGUUCCUGAAGUACAACGUGCUGCAGGGUGUGGGAAGCUUCUACGGAGAGCAUCCAUGGUACUGGUAUGUGUAUGCCGGGUUGCCGACUCUGCUUGGAAUCUGCCUGCUGCCAUUCCUGCUGGCUUCGUACGAAACCGUACGCCAUCGUAAGGUGUACAAAGAGCGGGCCAUUCUGUUGCUGUCGGUGUUUUUCACGGUGGCGGUGUAUUCGUUACUGUCCCACAAAGAGUUCCGCUUCCUGCUUCCGGUGUUGCCGUUGUGUUUGUUCAUUACGGCGGAUUAUCUCGUUCGUUGGAGCCGUAAAGCUUCCAGUAAAUUGAUUUGGUUUACCGCACUGUUGAUCGUGUCGGUAAAUGGGUUGAUGGCGGGUUAUACCGGGCUUGUACAUCAGCGCGGCACGCUGGACGUGAUGCCUUACCUUGCUUCCACCGCAAAGGACUAUCGGGACGAGUUUAACAAUCCCGCGAAAAUGUUCUUCCUGAUGCCCUGUCAUUCGACACCGUUCUACAGCCACGUGCAUCAAAAUGUGACAAUGCGUUUCCUGCACUGCGAACCAAAUCUGACCGACCAGCAGAACUACCUCGACGAAGCGGAUCAGUUUUACGCUAAUCCGAUGAGCUGGAUACGCAAGAACUUGCCGGUGCAUCCGCUCAGCGCUUUACCUACGCAUGUCGUUGCGUUCGAUGUGCUCGAACCGCAGAUCAAAGAUUUCCUCUCGAUUUACCAGGAAAAAGCCUCGUUCUUCCACACCGACUAUCCGGCGGGACGUGUCGGAGGAUAUGUGAAGGUGUUUGAGCGAUUCGAUCGGAAUGCAGCAGCCGGCGCUAGUAGCACCACCACGACCACCCCAACGACCAGUGAUCCUUCCCUGGAAGACGAUUACGAACCUGAGUACAAUCCGUAAUAAUUCGGACCGGUUAGCACAAGCACAAUCAAACAUUAAUCGCACUGGUUUCUUAAAUUUUUUUGCUAAUUUUAUCAUAUUUCCCCUAACUAAAUUUGUCAAUCAUAACGCAAUGUUUGUGUUCUACGUGCAACGACUAGGUAGGAACCACAAACGUUUGUUUUGUAAUAGUAAUUUAAAAGCGGUUAGUUUAACGGCAAUCGCUCAUCAUACGGUGUGGCUAAAAAGUACAAAAUGUACUUUAAUUUUACGAUUUCUUAUGCAAUGUUUUGCGAAUUUGUGUAAUACUUAGCUUUUAAUUGAACGUAUGUAGGCUUCCUUUUACUGUGUCCCAACAUAGUUUUACAAAGUAGUUUGAUUGGAAUUGAGUUCCGUUGCGCGUUUUGCCCCCUUUCUGUAGCGGUGAGAGGAAUAGAGAGAUUAGAUGUUUGACUAUCACUGCCACACGUUUUACGAGUGAACAAUUAUAGAUUGCCCGCGUGUUCUGUCGACAGCGCAUAAUCGUCGCUGUCGCUUUAUGGUCAAUUAUAUUUUUCUAGGGAAUGUUGUGCAAACUUAAUAA